UAACAAGAAACAAGAUGGCGUGUACGUUUGUGCGUGACUUGUAAUGUUGAGUGGGUUGUAAGUUGUAACUUUUGUAAACUUUUUCAUCAACUUGCCUACAUGGUCAGUGUGAAAAUUAGUAUAUCUUAAACAAUUCUUUGAAGAGUAUUUAUCAUUUAUGUUCGUAUUAUAUAAGGUUCUUACGUUUAAUUUCAUUUUAUUCCUUAAAAGUUACUUUGUGUAAGUCUUUUACCAUGAGUAAUUACGAAGAUGACCAAAGUGAAGAUGGAGAAUUAGCACGUAGUCCUGUGCAAGACGAAAUGGAUUUUAGUCUCUCCGAUGAAGAUCGAGAUAACGCAGAUUCCUUAGUAAUUAAACCACCACAAGCAGUUAUUCGUUCUCAUCGAGACAAAAGGAAUCAUAAGAGAUCUGUAAAGGACAGAUAUAAAGAAAGUGUUCGAAAGGAUAAAAAACACCUCUACAGGGAACGUGAUAAGUCGGAAAAAACAAAACGUGAGUUCAGUAGAAAUUUAGAACGUGAAGAAAUGCCUAAAGAUUAUUACAAGGAGAAACAAUAUUAUAGAGAAAAGGAAACAUAUCGGGAGAAAGACAUUCGUGACAAAGACAUGUAUCGUGAGAGAGAGGUUAGAGAAAAAGAUAUUUAUAGGGAAAAGGAUAUAUACAGGGAAAAGGAUCCAUAUAGGGAAAGGGAGCAUUAUCGCGAGCGAGAAGUGUAUAGGGACAAUGCAUACAGAGAAAGUGCUAGACCAAAAGAUGUUUACAGGGAGAAAGAGGUUUACAAGGAUAAGGACGUUCAAAGGGAGCGGGACAUAUAUGUCACUCGUGAUCGUCAAUAUAAGUAUAGUGAACCUGAGAGAAAACGCAUGGAAAAUGAUAGAAUAGAGUCGCGGCUGAGGCUUCUUGCUGAUGAUGGUAGACCCAAUCAAAAUAGUGAGAAAGAGAAUAGGGAUAAGACAUCUGGAGAUAAGGAGUUAGAAGAUUUAAGAAGUAGGUUACUUAGCAAAAGAAUUACUAAAGAAUUACAAAGUCAAGAUACUAAAAAGCAUGCACAAUAUGAUAGGGACACUAAAAAGCAUGUUGAAUAUGAGAGAGAUAAGAAUUCUGAUCGUCACUCUUCUUCUUUAGAUAAACAUCAGCAGGAAAGAAGAAAAAGAUUGCUUGAAGCAGAACGAGAGAUGGUAAAGCGGAAACAUGAGUCUCGGGUAGAAUUGGAAGCGAGACGUGAAGAACGUCGACGUCGCGGUAAGAAGAGAUCUGUUUCACCUGAGGACAGCUCUAAUAAGAAAAAUAAAACAGAACAUUCUCCUAAUUAUGGGGACUCUGUGGUUACUGUGUCAGAUGCAAGUGAUGUGGAAAUGAAGAGCGAUUCUGGCCAUUCAGAACCUGAGGAAGGGGAACAUUCAAAUACAGAAACUGAAGAACAUAGCACAGAGACCGAAUCUGAUUCAGAUGGUGGGGGAGAGUCCAAGUCUGAUAAUGAGGUACAAGAAGAAAAAACUAUGAAACAAGAUCAUAAGGAUAACAUAAGUGAAAAGGAUAAGUCCAGGCAAAAUUCAAGAUCACCUGUUUCAAUCAAGUCCAAUCACGAGAGUCCGUCUUCACAUGAUUCCAAAAGGUCACAUUCACGUUCAAAGAGUAGAAGUCGUUCGCAUUCUUUCUCACCUCCACCGCCUGGAGAAAAUGGUAAAACUGAAACAGUUGAAAACACUCAGGAAGAUGAUGAGGAAGCCAAAUUAAGAGAAGAGGCAAUCAGUGCUCUUCCACCAUACUAUCCAGCCCUACAGGGUUGUAGAUCGGUUGAGGAGUUUCAAUGUCUCAACAGAAUAGAGGAAGGCACAUAUGGAGUUGUUUACAGAGCGCGUGACAAAACUACGGAGGAAAUAGUCGCUUUGAAACGACUAAAGAUGGAGAAGGAAAAAGAAGGAUUUCCCAUCACAUCAUUGAGAGAAAUCAAUACAUUGCUUAAGGGACAACAUCCCAACAUAGUGACCGUGAGGGAGAUAGUAGUUGGUUCUAAUAUGGACAAAAUAUUCAUUGUCAUGGACUAUGUGGAACAUGAUCUUAAAAGUCUCAUGGAAACUAUGAGGGAAAAGAAACAAGUAUUUCUACCAGGUGAAAUUAAAUGUUUAAUGACUCAGUUACUCAAGGCGGUACACCACUUGCAUGAUAAUUGGAUUUUGCAUAGAGAUCUUAAAACCAGCAACCUGUUGCUAUCACAUAAGGGCAUAUUGAAGGUUGGUGAUUUUGGUUUAGCUCGUGAGUACGGCUCCCCCCUGCGGCAGUACACUCCUGUGGUGGUGACGCUCUGGUACCGGGCGCCUGAGCUGCUGUUGUGCUGCAAGGAGUACUCCACGCCCAUAGAUAUAUGGAGCGUGGGAUGCAUCUUCGCCGAACUGGUCACUAUGAACCCACUGUUCACCGGCAAGAAGGAAAUCGACCAACUUAAUAUUAUAUUCAAGGAAUUGGGAACACCUUCAGAGUUGCUGUGGCCGGGAUACAAGGAUCUGCCGAUCGUUCAGAAGAUGACGUUUGCUGAACAUCCGUCUGGGGGUCUGCGGCGGAGAAUAGGCUCCGACCUACUGUCCGAGGCGGGCCACUCUCUACUACAAGGCUUCCUCACAUACAACCCCGCUAGGAGACUGACAGCGGACGCAGCUCUCGAACACGCUUAUUUCAAGGAGCAGCCGGUCGCCAUCGAGCCGGCCAUGUUUCCUACAUGGCCAGCGAAAUCGGAGGGCAACCGUCGCACCACCCACAGUCCGAAGCCGCCGGCGGGCGGAGCGGCCUACGCCCAGUACGCUCGCUCCGACGACGAGGCCCUCGGCUUCCACGUGCAGAACCGCUCGCUCAACGUCGCUCCCGGCUUCUCCCUUAAAUUCUGAUAGUGUGCUCGAUAUGAACGAUAACUACGCGAAUGAUUCGUAAGAGAGAUGUAAUAUUUUUGAAAUACAUUUUACGAUUAUACCGUUAGUUUAUAGACCUUGUGUAGUCGAUACAUGUGUCAGGUCACUAUACAGGAAGGUUUUUUGUAAAGCUUCACGUUAUCAUUUAUAAAUGUGACUAAAACUGUGUUCAUUUAUUGAUUAUAUACAAAUUUAUUUUUUUUAAAGUGAUGUGCGCUAACAUUGUCCAUUAGCACUGUUUGUUAUUCGUUGACGACAACUGUUACACUGACUCAAGGAUACCUCAGAAACUAAUGUGAUUAAAGAUUCUAUUUGUCUCACAUGAAUAUCGCGGUAUUCAUUGCUAAUGUAGUAAUAAAAUGUACUUGAAUUAUACUAAGCAUUUGAAGUUGGAAGUUCAGUCGUUUUGUAUAACGCGCGUCCGGAUCGGAAAACACUAGUUCCAGUGACUGUUCUCAGCGCCAUACAAAUGUUUGAAAUUACUUUUUUUUACUGUUAAUUACUUGCUAUUAUCAGAAUAACUAAAAUUCACCUGUCUGGGUCUAUAAAUAAUAAAAAUGAAACACUCUAUGUAUUUAUAAUGAUUUUUAUGUAAUUAGCAAUAAAUGUAAAUAUUUCAAUUGGAUAGUGUACCUCAAAAGGGUAAAUUUAGUUGUAGAAAUAAUAUGGUACAAUAUAUAUGUUUUGACAAGA